GAUCUCAACUGGAACGAAUAAGAAGAAGAAGAAGCUCUGCGAGUUUCACGUCGUUGCAUGGUGGAGGUUGUUGCUGCUCAUGGCAUCGCCCAAGACGGCUCCUCCUUUCGCCGACGACGAGAUGUUUGAUUUUGAUGGGGAAACAUGCAAUGAGAAUGGCAUGACAGGAGUGAAGCGAGAGUUUGCCGACCUCGAUGAUGAUGAGGAAGAAUUGUAUCCUUCAAAGAAGAUUUAUGCUUCUCAUGGACCCAGCAGUGACCAUGCCACGACAACCAUACUCAAUCUACGAUCCACCUUGGAAGAUCGUGACAGCACAAUCGCUACCUUGAAGGCAUCUCUUGAUGCUGCUAAUGGGGAGCUGGACAAAUGGAAGAACAGUUUCAUAAAUGACUCACUUUUCCCCGCUGGAACCACUGCUGAUCCUGCAGUAGUUACGCAGGCAAUGCAAAAGCUUCAGACCACAGAGAGUCAAUUAAAAGAGCAGCUCUUGACCGCAAAAAGGAGGGAAAGCGUGUUGGUUGUGAAACUUGCCAACACAGAGCAGGAGGUUGUGGACUUGAAGAGUACGGUUCAUGACUUGAAGUUAAUGUUAAAACCUUCAAUGCAGCAGACUCGGCGAUUGUUUCUAGAUCCUGCAAUCCAUGCCGAAUUCUCACGCAUGAAGAAAGAGCUCGAAGCUGCUGACAAAAGGGUGAAGGAGCUGCAAGAUGACCUUGCAGCUGUGCAAUUCACUCCUCAUAGCAAGCAUGGCAAGCUUUUGAUGGCAAAAUGUCGCACGCUCCAGGAAGAAAAUUCGGAAAUUGGCCGUGAGGCUUCAGAAGGCAAGGUUCAUGAAUUAGGGACCCGGCUGGCAGUGCAGAAGUCUCUCAAUUCAAAACUUAGACGGUGUUAUCAAGAAUUGUAUGAUACUGUUGAAGAUGUGAAUUACGAGUUAGAACGAUCGCAACAAAUGGUGUAUAAUCUGCAAAGAGAGGUGCAGAAAAGAGACCAUCAGCUUGCUGAGGUUUUGAAACAAAACGAAGAGCACCAGUCAAGAAGAGAGGAGCCUACUACAACACACGAAGAAGAGGAUCACCAACAGCUGGUCGUCAAAGACGGUGACAAGUAAUGACAUUUACAAACUCAUCGAUCAGCGAUUGCUGACCUUGUUUUAUUUUUGGUAUAGGGUGGUCGUUUGCGUUAAGAGGAAAUGAGCGGAUCUACAUGCUCCAAGUUGCGGAUUAGUUUUUCGUUCUGCAAUGGUCAUGAGCAAUGAAUUCUGGCUCGGUUCAAGUGGCGACGAAUUUUAUGUCUGGUAUGGGCAUCCAUUUUUGUAAUAUUUACUGGAUUAUUUGUAAAUGAAUUUGGAGGGUUUGUUCGAUUAGAGCAGUAGUGGCAAUGCAGACCUCGGAGUAGAGGGUGGUCGAUCUACUUCAACCAAGGUUUAUCUGAACUAAUUCUUCCACUGAAUUGAAGGGCCAUAAGUAGCUUACAGAAAACGGUGCGUUCAAAAUAAUCGUUUCUGCAAAUUUGUCAUUUCUGUGCACAAAACAGAGUAGGAAUCAUAAAUUAUGGAUAGACUCUAAGGAGGCUUAUUUUGUUCUCCUCUUCAACAGUAGUCAAUGUUUUUAGAAAGUACAGUAACUUUUCUAAAACUUGCAAUUUAUCCUUGCUGCAAUAUGAUGGCUAAGAAGCAUAAAAGAAACAUCUUCAGCAGCACAUUCGCAUGGAUUCUAAGAUCCCCUGGUUGCAAUGCCUUCCAUUCCUCAAUGGAUGGUAAGGCAACUCCAGUGUAAUGUUGUUGAAUUUAUAAGUCUUAUAAUGACAAAAAUGUUACAUAAA